AAGAAGUUACACAUCAUAUUUUGUAGAAUCUAACAAUGGCUUAUUAUAAUCACAAAGACUCAUCACUUUUACUGAACUUAGGGUUUCUUCUUCUUCUUCUUCUUCUUGGUUCGGCAGCCAUAGCCAAAUCUACCAAGGUAGCUGAAAGUACAGUUGUACCAACUCAAUAUGCCUCUAUGCUCCUCAACCGAACCAGUUUCCCACCUGGUUUCAUCUUUGGAACAGCUUCAUCUUCAUAUCAGUAUGAAGGUGCUGCCAAGGAAGAUGGUAGAGGACCCAGUAUAUGGGAUACUUACACUUACAAAUAUCCAGAAAAAAUAGCUGACCGCAGUAAUGGGGAUGUGGCAAAUGAUGAGUAUCACCGGUACAAGGAAGAUGUGGGGAUUAUGAAGGAAAUGAAUUUGGAUGCGUAUAGAUUUUCUAUCUCAUGGUCAAGAUUGUUACCAAAUGGCAAACUAAGUGGGGGUGUGAACAAGAAAGGAAUAAAAUACUACAACAAUCUCAUCGAUGAACUCAUAGCCAAAGGUUUGAAGCCUUUUGUUACUAUCUUUCACUGGGAUCUUCCUCAAGCUUUAGAAGAUGAGUACGGUGGUUUCUUAAGUCCUCACAUUGUGGGGCAUUUCAAGGACUAUGCGGAGCUUUGCUUCAAAGAGUUUGGGGACAGAGUGAAGCACUGGAUAACACUGAACGAGCCAUGGUCGUACAGCAUGGGCGGAUAUGCGAAUGGAAUGUUGGCCCCUUUCCGAUGCUCUGCCUGGCAAGGACUCAAUUGCACCGGCGGAGAUUCGGGGACUGAGCCAUAUCUGGUGACCCAUUAUCAACUUCUUUCUCAUGCUGCCGCCGUCAAACUCUACAGGGAUAAAUAUCAAGCAUCUCAAAAGGGCAUGAUUGGAAUAACAUUGGUGUCGCACUGGUUUGUGCCGUAUUCUAACGCAAAGCACAACCUAAAUGCUGCAAAACGAGCCCUCGAUUUCAUGCUUGGAUGGUUUAUGGACCCCUUAACAAAUGGUGACUAUCCACAUAGUAUGCGAGAACUGGUGGGAAACCGACUCCCAAAGUUCACAAAAGAGGAAACCAAACUUGUGAAAGGAUCAUUUGACUUUCUUGGCUUAAAUUACUACACAGCUAACUAUGCAGCCUAUCUUCAUUUGCCCAACAAUGCCAAACCUAGCUAUAACACCGACUCCAAAGCCAACCUUACAACCGAGCGAAAUGGUCUCUCCAUUGGUCCAAAGGCUGCUUCGCCUUGGCUCCAUGUUUAUCCAGUAGGGAUUUAUAACAUUUUACAGUACACCAAGAAAAAGUACAACAAUCCAUUGAUUUACAUCACUGAGAAUGGCAUUGAUGAGUUCAAUAAUCCCAAAUUAUCUCUCGAACAAGCCCUCAUCGACAACCAAAGAGUUGAUUACUACUUUCGACAUCUUAGUUACCUUAAAAAGGCCAUCAAGGAUGGGGUAAAUGUGAAGGGAUAUUUUGCAUGGUCAUUGCUUGACAACUUUGAAUGGAGUUCAGGUUACACUGUUCGGUUUGGCAUUAACUUUGUGGAUUACAAAGAUGGUCAGAAAAGAUACCCCAAACUCUCAGCACACUGGUUUAAGAAUUUUCUCAUGAAGAAAUAUUAAUGAGAGCAGUAGUCCAUGCAUAUAUAUAAUAAGAUGCGCUGGCUCUUCUAUGAAUAAUUAAGCCAGAGAGAAUUUUUAGGGAGAGAACAAUUUGUGUGAAAUCUCAGCUCAAGAAAUUCUGAGCUAUUGCAUUGCCUUUUUAUAUAAUGAUGAGUAACAGAAUUACAGCCUUGCACAAUA